AUGGCGCCUCGAAAUGUUCUCGUCGUGGGCGCCACUGGGAAGCAGGGUCGCUCCCUAAUCCAGGCACUCCUGAGCCCUCGUGCCGCCACUGAUAUCCCUACCGACCUGCAGUAUCACGUUUUGGCUCUUACCCGCAAUGCUGCAUCUGGGCCGGCGCGCGCGCUGCUUGAAGCUGAGCAUGAGCAUGCGCACAGUAUCACCUUGGUUGAAGGCAAUCUGAACGAUAUAGAAAGCAUUCGGAGAAUCUUCGAGGACGCGAGAGACAGCGGGAAGAUCUGGGGCGUGUUCACGGUGCUUGCGUACCCUGGGCUGGGAGCAAGUGCCGACAAUGAGGAGCAGCAAGGCAGGAGGAUGGCAGAGAUCGCUCUGGAGUUCCAUGUUGAGGCAUACGUUUACUCGACGGCCAUCCAGGCUGGAUUGGGUGAAGACAAAUCGCUUGAUCUUUCUCACAAAGCCAAAUAUCGGGUGGAGCAGUACUGCAGGGAGCUAGGCUCUAAGGGCCUGAAUUGGGUAAUCCUCAGGCCAGGGUUCUUCAUGGAGAACUUUGAAGGCCUUCUCGGCGCCGUAGCAAGCACUAUGUUCGACAAGUGUCUUCCUCCCGACACGACCAUUCCCGUUAUUGCUUCAGCAGAUGUUGGAAGCGUUGCAGCAGCAGUGUUCAGGAACCAUACUCGCUUCACACGUAAAACACUUUCUCUCACAUCCGGCGCGAUGACCAUGGGGGAAAUCAAGGAAGACUACGCUAAGGCCAUGGAGAAACCAAUGCCGUCUGUCCCCGGAGCAGCUGUAAAGGCCCUGGCAAACAUCAACAGCGGUGCGCGAGACAUACUCAAGGAGUCACUCCUGAACCAUGAACUACGGGCUAGCGGGGAAUAUCCCGACUUUGAUGAGGAAGUGGCGCUGGCUCGAUCCGCCGCCAGACUUCAAACUUACUACGAAUGGAAACUGCAAACUAAGAAGGAGGCCACUGGCUUGGGGAGGUGGAACAAGAUGCUAAAUGUGGUUGAUUACCAUGAGUAUGCCCUUUCGACAAAACGUUGGAUAGGAGACUUCGGCAAGAUCGCCGAACGCCAUGACGGCAAUCGUGCCUUUGGAACCCCCGGUUCCGAGGCCUCCAUGGAUCUCAUUCUCGGGCAAUUGCAGCCGUAUAAGCUAGUGCUCGAUAUGAGCAUUCGGAAAUUUUCACACCCCUUCGAGUGGACCAACGAAAUUAGCCUCAGCACCGUAACCGCCCAGUAUGAUGAAGUUGAGUCGCUCAGGUUCAACUCUGCCACGCCGCCCGAUGGCGUCUUCGGACGGCUCAUCGAUCCCCUACAGAAGCACGUUGGUGGUUCCUUGUGCACACCAGACCAAUGGGAAGCGGCCAACGUCAAUGCCACAGGCAACAUUCUCCUCAUGGACCGAGGCGGCUGCGCUAUGGCCAAGAAGCUUGAACUCGCCACAAAGCAUGGCGCUCGGGCGGUCAUUUUCUACCAGGAUACUUCUGAGGGCAUUUCCACCGGUGAUGCAGUCAAUUCGGCACAGGACAUCGGAAAGGUGGUGCCAGCCGGCAUCACGACCAGGGAAAAUGGCCUCAAGUGGAUCGAGUCGCUCAAAACGGGUCAGGCUAUGACAGCGACCCUUGCAGUCAACACCACCGUCCAGGACCGAACGGUCCUCAACAUUAUCGCUGAGACCAAGCAAGGUGAUCCCAACAAGGUCAUCAUGCUUGGAGCGCACCUGGACUCCUUUCCCGGUGGUCCGGGCCUGGAUGAUAAUGCUUCUGGCGCAGCUGCAGUGCUACAGAUCCUGCAUUGUUUUGCCCAACACCAGAAUAUCACAAAUAAGGUGCGAUUUGCGUGGUGGGGGGCUGGAAAGGCUGGCCAAGCCGGCUCUCGUCACUACGUAUCACAGCUGAGCGACGAGGAAGCGAGGAAAAUCGCAUUCUACUUCAACUUCGAUCAGAUGGCAACCCCCCACCCGAACUAUACGGUCCAUGCGAACAACGACGCCGACCUUUACGGCGCGACUGUGCUCUUCGAGCAGCUGCAGGAGCAGGGAGUCGUUCCUCAAGUGUCCAACUUCACCACCGUGUCCGACCACAUCGGCUUCGUCGAGCGCGGCAUACCCACCUGCGGGAUAUCUACGGGCAACACUGCAGGUCGUGACGAUUUGCCGCUCCACGUGUCGGAUAACUGGGGAAAUGUCGAACGGAGCACGCUCAAGCGAUCCAUCAGGGCGGCAGCGGUAGCUGUGGCCCAGUUGGUGUUGAGCAAGGGCCCCAUCCCCCGACCUGAUGCAUUUCACUUCAACACAACCCGCAUGAGCAACUACAUGUAG